AUGGGAUCACAACCUUCAAAGGGACAUCAGGUGCAGCAGCAGCAGUUGGGGCUGAGGGAGCAGCUGAGGGCAGGUUCGGGCAUGGUGGUGCUGGUGGUGGCAGGCACAGCAGCAGGCAGCGCGGACCCCUUCAUUCAGCGCCUGGCGUGCAGCAUUGCUGCCAGAGGCCACGUGCCCGUAGUUCUCAACCUCAGAGGAUGUGGUAACAGCCCCGUUACCUCCCCACGCUUCUUCUCACCAGCUGACAGCGCGGACGUGGCACUGACAGCCAAUUUCCUCACAGCUUCCUACUCGGAUUCCCUCCUAGUGGCCGUGGGAGUCGGCUUGGGGGGGCAUGUGUUACUGAGGCACCUGGGGGAAGCAGGGAGGGGGGAGAAGGGGGAAGAACGGGGCCCGGGGGAAGCAGGGAGGGGGGAGAAACGGGGGCCGAAGAGGAGGAGGGGGAAGAGAAGGAGCGGAAAGGCAAGUGGGGAGCUGGUGGAUGGCUGGGGAGGGGCUGGGCCCGGGGGAGAGACUGGUGGUGGGGCUCAGGGGAGUUUUGGUGGUGGGUUGCUGAAGCAAGGUGGUGGGGUGUUGAAACAGGGCCGGAGAGGAGCCAUGGGGCAUAGGGGUAUCGAAGCGGCUAUUGUGGUUGACUCGCCCACCUGCUUGCACCACCACCACCGGGGCUGCUCCUCUUUUGAGUCGACUCAAAACCACCACCGGGGCUGCUCCUCUUUUGAGUCGACUCAAAACCACCACCGGGGCUGCUCCUCCAAUCAUCUCUGCCCUGACGAGGAGGAAGACGUUUCCAGGAAGAUGCUCUUAAGUAUUGGAAGACUCAACAUGUCUGCGUUUUAUGCCGCAUGCUGUGCGCGUGGUGUGCUAGAAGGUGCAUCAGUGCCCGCUCUGUGCGUGCAAAGAGGGAGUGUAAUUGCAGGGAGCAGCACUGCGUGCGCCACUGCUGUUCCCUCCUCGUCCUCUUCCUCCUCUGAGCCUUCUGUCUGGCGGCCCUUCCUCACCAACUGCAACCUCUCUCUCUGUGUACUCUCCAACACAAGAACUGUUUCGAACACUGCUGCUGCCGCCGCUGCUGCUACUGCUGAUGGUGAUUCUCCUAAUGGUCCCGUUGCUGCUGCUGCUGAAGGGAUCGGUUCGUCUGUUCCUCUCUCUUCCGCUCAUGCCUGGGCUCCUGAUUUCACCAACCGUGUUCUGCAAAUCGUGGAUGAGUGGUUACCAGCUGUCGAGAGUGCUCUGCUGCAGCAACGAUUGAAGGAGAUCAAGCAAGCGCGGGACAAGGUUAAACAGGGCAAGAGGAGGGCAUCAGCAGCAGAAAGCCGAGACUGGAGGCAUCACAGUGACAAGCAGCACACAGGGGAAGCGAGAGAGGGUUGGGGAGUGAGGAGUGCUGGAGAAGGAAAGGGGAACACAGGAGCAGGGAGUGCAGGGGAUGGAGAGGAAGAGAGGAGUGGGCAUGCAUUGGAGGCGCCUCCUGACGGCAAUGCUUUAAACUCUCCUUCUCCACCCACAUCACCAUUUUCACCUGACGAUACACCUGCUCAACCUGCCCCUCAACUUGCCCAACCUGCCCCUCCGCCUGUCCAAACUGCCCUUCAGCGUGCCCCUGAACCUACCCAACUUACUGCUGGGUCUGCUCAACCCUCCCCUCCGCUUGUUCAAGCUGCUUCUCCCUCCAUCCAACUUGCCCCUCCGCCUGCCCCUCGAUCCGCGCAGCCUGCUUCUCUGCCUGCCCAACCUGCUGCUCCGUCUGUCCAACCGGCCAGUGCAUCGAGCCAACCUGUCUCAACACCUGCGACUGGUGCUGGCAGUUCUGCUUCAGCAGCCUCGUUAGGUGCUCCUUCAGGUGCUGCUGGGCUUGCUCAACCUUCCCCUCUGCCUGCCCAACCUGCUGCUCCUUCUGUCCAACCGACCAACACAUCGAGCCAACCUGUCGCAACAGGUGCUGCUUCAGUUGCCUCCUUAGGCGCUCCUUCAGGUCCUUCCUCGGGUGCUCCUUCAGGUCCUUCCUCAGAUGCUUCUUCAGGUGCUUCUUCAGGUGUUUCUUCAGGUACUGAGCUCCCAGCAGCCACAACGAGGGGGCAGAGCAUAGCAGAUGCGGUGCAGCAGCUCCUAUCCGCCAUAACGAGGGGGCAGAGCAUAGCAGAUGCGGUGCAGCAGGUGUUGCCACCAGAGCAGCAGACAGCAGUGGCCACCACUCUCAGGCACUGCCUAGAGGCCGCUCAAAGCUCAGCUGCACUGGAAAGCACUCUCAAGCAGGCGGCUUCUCUGCUUCCCCAGGCACCCGCCAACACACCCCCUGCCGCCUCACAUCCCCCUGCCGCCUCCCCUCCCCCUGCCCCCUCACCUCCCCCUGCCACCUCGCCCCCCUCUGCCACCUCGCCCCCCUCUGCCACCUCGCCCCCCCCUGCCACCUCGCCCCCCUCUGCCACCUCGCCCCCCCCUGCCACCUCACCUCCCGUUGCCACCUCACUUCCUCCUGCCAACUCCCCUUCCCCAUCUCCUGUUCCACCCUCUCCUCCAUCUAUCCCUCCCCCAUCGUCCAUUCCCCCACCUCCCAGCUCUGCAUCCGCUAUCAGCAGUCUCCCUGCUCCUCCUCUCACCUCCCCUAAUACCCCUUCCCCCAACCCCCCUCCCCCCACUCCCCCUCCCCCUACUUCUCCUUCCCCCAGCACUCCCGCCUCCACCUCCGCUUCCCCUCAUCCCCCUUCAGGGGCUUCAACCUCUUCCUCCCCUACUCUCCCCAACUCCCCUUCUGCUACCCCUCCGCCCUCCAGCCUCCCCCCAACCUCCCCUUCUCCCACUUCUGAUGCGCCCUCCCCCCCAACCCCUUCCCCAGAUCCCUCCCCCGCCUCCCCUCCUUCAGAAUCUCCACUUUCCCCCAACCCCCCUCCUUCUCCCCCCCCACCUGCAUCCUCCGCUCCUCUAUCUCUCAGUGGGCUGAAUUUGUCUGUAGCGGUGCAGGCGUUAUCUGGGGUAGAUGAUAACUCGCAGGUGGCGGUGGCGAGUGUGUUCGAUGCUGUGGGUGGGAUUUUAGCAGAGCUAAAGCAAGAAAAAGAGAAACGGGAGGAGGAGGAGGAAGAGAGGAAGGAGGAGGAGGAAAAGAGAGAGGAGGAGGAGGAGAAGAGGGAAGAAAAGGAGAAAGAAGGUAAGGAGACAGGGGAAGAGAAGGGUAAACUACGGGAUGAGGAGAGGGAGGUACGGCACGAGGCAAAGAAGGGGGAAAAGGAGGAGGGAAACGAGGAAUAUGGGCGGUGGGCCUUCUCAACAGGCUCUCCCAUGGGUAAGAUGGUGGGCUCUGCUACAGCCAUGGCUGCUACAGCUCUGGCCAUGAAUGCUACAGGUGGGACUCAUGGAACGGCUGCAGGGGCCGGAUCUGCAACGCCUUGGGUGGAGCAUGGUGGGAAGGUAGUGGCAGGAGGGGAGGGGGAGGUAGGGGACGCAAGAGGGGCUGAAGCAAUUGCAAGAGAAGGGGCAGCAAAAGCAGCAGCAGCAGCUGGAACAGCAUGUGGUCCAGCAGCGGAACUAAAGCAGGGAGCAGAGGAAGGAGGAAGAGGAAGCGCAGAGGGAGGAGGAGAGGGACGUGGGGAGGGGGGAGCAGCAGAGGGUGCAGGAGAGGGGAUCCUGGAAAUAGCAGAGAGGGCGAUAGAAGUGGCGUCCCCUGUGAUUCCCAGGAAGCAGGACGGACAGAUUGACCUGAAGAGGUUAUCCGAGAUGAUACAGCAGUGGGGAUCACAGGGGCGCAUGCUGAGAGUCGUGGGGAAGGCGGCUCUCUUUGCUGAGGGGCUGUACGGCGCUGUGGGGCUGUGUGAGCAGCUCAUUGCACUCACUGACAUCCACAAGCGAUCUCUCACUACAAGAGACAAGCUUUUCAUCCUCCUCCCUAACCCGUUCUCUUAUAGUGGCAUGGUUGGGACAGGGUCUACUGCUGGGCUCAUCCCUGCUGCUACUGCUGCACGCAAUACGACUCCAUCCGCGCCUCACCUCUCUCAAUGCUGCACCUUUCCCUCUCCCCCUUGUUCACCUCUCCACCCCCAUCACCACCAGGUGGCAUGGUUGGGACAGGGUCUACUGCUCGGCUCAUCCCUGCUGCUACUGCUACAUGCCAUACAGCUACAUCUACGCCUCACCUCCCUCAACCUCCCAUUUGACACUCUUCCAACCUUCCACCUUCCAUCUCUUCACCUCCCAACCUUCCACUUCCCAUCCUUCCACCACCUUCCCACCUUCCAUCUCCCAACUCUCGCCCUCAUCUCCUCGCACCUUUCCUCUUCCUUCCACUCGCUACUGCUUCUCCUGCACCAAUCCACCUCCUCCCUUCCGCAUUGGCUGCCCCUUCAUUUCCCUCCUCCCUCAACCCUCUCAGCUACCCAACCCCUACAAACCCCAAUCCUCGCUGCUUCUGCUGCUGCUGCUGCUGCGACUGCUGCGGCUGCCACCCAAACUGUCACGCCCGCCCUCCUAGUCUCGCUCCUCCCCUCUCUCCUCCCAUCUCUCCUCUCUGCCCUCCUCUCUCUCCUCGUAUCCACCACUCGCAUCCUUCGCCUUGUACUGGAGUCGCUACUAAUGAGUACGGCUGUAGCAGUGGUGGAGGAGUUGGUAUUCCGAGGCUGGCUGUUUGAAGAGGUUCGGCAGGACCGAGGCUUGGCGUUUGCUUCGGGAUUCACUGCGCUGCUGUUUGCUCUCGUGCAUUGGUCAAUCCCGGCCAUGCCAGGCCUCUUUCUCCUCUCCCUCAUCCUCUCCUUCCUCCGCCAUCGCUGCACCACCAGGGCUUUUGCUGGUGAUGGCUGUGGUGCUGUGCCCUUGGGGGGAACUAGUGCAGGAAAAUAA